AUCUGAGAAAGUGAACCGGCUGCAGCCAGGUGAUGUCAGACGUGCUGCGUGGGGAUUCCGGAGGAUUAUCCAGCGUACUUUGCGGGAACAUGGCUGCAUGGAGGUGUUCUCUAUCCUGAGGACUGCAGCAGUGGGUGGGAAUUCUGUCCAUGCGGCAUCUCUCGGCAUAAACAGGAACGGUGACCGGAUAGGGCAGAACUGGUGGAUGUUCUCAUAUUUCACAGGAAGAAUGCUGGUUCCAGCAGCUUAGAUUACACAGAGUUGCCAGCGACACAGAACAGGUAAUUGACAGAUUCGGGCAGUAUCACUCCAGAUGGCAGCUUGUGUGUCAGCGAUGGAACGUCCUCUUCAGGACUCCUGAUUGGGAGAGAACCUUCUGGCUGACCCAGUUCUGAGGCCUUUUGAGGAUCAGCACCCUGGGAUCUCAGCAUGACCAGCACCGCCCCCACCAAGAAGCCAUACCGCAAGGCUCCACCGCAGCACCGGGAGGUUCGACAUGAGCCGCCUGAGCCGCGGGAUGAUGUGUCGGAGCAGCCGAGUCAGGAACCUGUGACAGAAUCGGACAGAAUUCACUUUCUGCAGCACCAGAAUGAUGAACUGCGCCGGCGCCUUGCGUAUGCCACCACCAAAAUGGAAGCCAUGGAGCACGAGGUGGAUGCAAGUCGGCAUUAUUUGGAGGUAGAGUUGAGUCGUAAUCGGGAGGAAUUGGAGAAACUCAAAGACAAGUUUCGCAGAUUGCAGAAUAGCUACACAGCCUCGCAGAGGACCAACCAGGACCUGGAGGAGAAGCUGCACACGCUGAUUAAGAAGGCUGAGAUGGACCGAAAAACUAUGGACUGGGAAAUAGUUGAACUCACUAACAAACUUUUGGAUGCAAAAACCACCAUCAACAAACUGGAAGAGUUAAAUGAGCGUUAUCGACAAGACUGUAAUCUCGCUGUUCAGCUGCUGAAGUGCAACAAGUCGCAUUUCAGGAACCACAAAUUUGCAGAUUUACCAUACAAGCUACAAGAUAUGGUCAGUAAGCAUCUACAGAGCUCAGCUUCUUCUCCAGGUUCUGGGCAAGACACUCCUCCACCUAGCUUAUCUCAAUCGGACGUGGUACCCACAUCUGUCAUUGCUCGUGUUCUGGAGAAGCCAGAAUCACUUAUCCUUAAUUCGGCCACAUCCAGCAGUGGUAGUGGGCCAACUGCUGAAGAUUUCUUUGUGCAUGUAGACAUGAGCUGCCCUGGUCAGCAACAAAAUGGUGUCCUCCAGCAACAGGGUAGCUUGGACAGUACUACUGAAGAACCUCCAGCCUUUGAAAAACUGAGUCCAUACCCUACCCCACCACCUCCACACACUAUGUUCCCAGGCCGCAAGGUCAUAGAGUUCUCUGAUGAGAAGGUACAGAUCCCCAAAAACAGUCCACUGCCCAAUUGUACCUAUGCCACACGGCAAGCCAUUUCUCUCAGCCUAGUGCAGGGUGAGGAGGGGAGUCCAAACAGACAUCGCACUGUACCAAAUAGCCCAGCAUCCUCAGGCAGCUACCCUCAGCGGGCACGAAGUGCGGACAAUCCCGCACGGUCCCCUUUGAGUAGUGCAGUGCCCAGCUCUGCUAGCUCAGAGGAGGACAUGCUGGCAAACUGGCAGAGGAUGUUUGUAGAGAAGGCUGCACCCAGCACGGAGGGGACUUUGGCACACCGUACAUCCUUUAGCCGGGACACUGCGCUGGAACUGCAACAGAGGUUCAGUCAAUCCAUGCAGGAACUGAGCCGUGUAGCACAAGCCUUUUCUGAACAGGAAACCUCUAGGAACAGCUGGAUGAACAGCCGGGAGUCCAGCUUGGAUGUGGAAAGCACUGGGACAAAGAGAGGUCACCUACCCAAUGAGUAUGGAAAGGAGUUCUCCGAGGAGGAGGCUCUGGACCUCCUGUCUGGGACUGUGGAGGAAGAGGAGGAGAUGGAAGAGCCACAAGUUCUUCCAGAGGAAAUAGAGGAGGAAAUUGAACUUGAAGAUCAUAUUCAUGAGACUCCCAUAGAACAGGAGGUGGAGAUAUUUAGGGAGAAACCUCCAAGUGGCCGGCCACACCGCAGCCCCAAGAGAAUGGGUGUACAUCACCUGCACCGGAAGGACAGCCUGACCCGAGCACAGGAGCAGGGUAACUUACUAAACUAGAAGAAGCAGCAUUGUGUUUGUUAAUACAGAAUGUGAGGCUUACAGGCUGUGGCCAGACCUUACAGUGGAUGCAGAUAACCAUGUCCGAGGCUUCACUGCCUUCCAGGCUUGCUUAAUUCCCUUUUAUGUCUGCAGCCAUGACAAGAGUGCACUACAGGAGGUGGGUUACAAUCCAUCCCAAAAAGUACAUCUGCCCCCAGCAGAGGAGGGUGGAUUUUUGCUUAAUCUCCCACUCUAACCUCUUCAUCCAGCUUCUAUGAGGACUAUAUAGAUGGCUGAGGGCAGGCAGGAUCUGCGGUGAAUGGUAUCCAGUGUGGUCAGGGUUGUUGGAAUGUGGGGAUAAUUUGAGGACUGUAGGUUGUGUUGGGAAAAUAAAAUAGUGAGGAUAAUAGUAGGUCUGGGAUAGGCAAAAGGAGCAGUGAGAAAGGUACAGUACCAUUCAGAGGGAGGAGCCAAGAAUUGGAGCUGGAUAUAGUAUCGGAAAGAGGGAGGAGCUGAGAAGUGGAGCUGGAUAUAGUAUCUGGAAGAGGGAGGAGCUGAGAAGUGGGGCUGGAUAUAGUAUUGGGAAGAGGGAGGAGCUGAGAAGUGGGGCUGGAUAUAGUAUCGGGAAGAGGGAGGAGCUGAGAAGUGGAGCUGGAUAUAGUAUCGGGAAGAGGGAGGAGCUGAGAAGUGGGGCUGGAUAUAGUAUCGGGAAGAGGGAGGAGCUGAGAAGUGGGGCUGGAUAUAGUAUCGGGAGGAGCUGAGAAGUGGGGCUGGAUAUAGUAUCGGAAAGAGGGAGGAGCUGAGAAGUGGGGCUGGAUAUCGUAUUGGGAAGAGGAAGGAGCUGAGCAGUAAGACUGGAUAUAGUAUCAGGAAGAGGGAGUGGCUUAGACAUGGGGGUUGCUAUAGUGUCUGAGUAGUUGAAGUUUCUGCGUUGUCAUGGCAGAUCCCUCGUUCCGGCCUGCUCUCUGGUUAUGGAAUGAGUUAAUUGUUGGAGAGAAUCAAUAAAAAUACCUAAUUCCCAUUGAGUUCCAGCAGUAGGUCACCCACCUCUUCCCAAUUUCUAAAACCUUGGGCCUGAUUGACACUGACCUCUGAGAGCAGUGGUUACAGUUAACCCUUGACUGACAGUGCAGUGCCGGGCACUUGUGUUUUUUGUGGUUUGUUUGAUCUUUAUAUAUUUUUCUGUCUUUGUUGUGGUAAAUUCCUGCCGGUAACAUGUCAGUAGCGCCCACGCAAGGUACCACAUUGUCUGAUUUGUUUCACGGUCCGCCUGGUGCUGCUGUGGUACCCAGAGCCCACUUGCCUCUGUCCACAUCUAUCUGCUGUUCUGGUUUUCAGUGUUUGAAAGACUGUAUGGUAUCUGCUCAUACUGAGUAUUUUCUCUCAGUAUAUAUAUAUAUUUUUGUACCCAGUACAGUAUUACCUGUUACUAAGUUUCUGACACUCCCCCAUCCUCCUGAUUUUCAGACUGUUAAUCUCACUUAGAUUUAUUUUCUGACAUUUUUUUUUCAGAGCUAAUGUCUAUUUUCCAAUGAAAAAUAAACUAUUUUAAAAGUAA